AACCACAACAAUCACCACCACUCGCCCGCAAACCUUCGAAACGCACCCCUCCCCCUCCACCACCUCUCCCGCGCCCUUCACCCACCCAAUCGCGCCCCACCAAGGCCCCGGGCAAAAUGUUCCGCGCGUACAAGUACUUUUUCGGCCCGGGCGGCAAGCCCGAGGGCGAGGACACCUACGGCGAGUAUGACGAGCAGAACGGCGACGCCGCCGCCGAGGGCACCAGCACCACCGCUUCCACGGGCAACCCCGUCGAGGACCUGGAGCGCAAGCUCGCCGACGCCAACACCGCUCUCGGCAACCGCGACGCCGAGGUCAAGACGCUGCAGCACCGCGCCGAGGAGCUCGAGGCCGACUUCAAGAUCAAGGAGACGGCGCUGCUCCAGCAAAAGGCCGCUCUCGAGGAGCACAUGGUGUCGGUCGUCGUGCAGCAGAUCACGGAUGCGCGCAAGGCCGAGCGCGACGCCGUCAAGGACGGCUUCGAGCAGGAGUACAAGCAGAAACUGGACCAAAUCCAGCACGAGCACGAGGCCAAGAUCUCGGCCCUGAUUCGCGACCACGACGCCACCAAGACCGGCAACGAUGGCCUCAAGGGCGAGCUUGACGCCCAGAUUGAGGCGCUCAAGGCGGAUCUUGCCACCGCGAAGGCAAACCACGAGGCCGCUGAGACCAAGACCAAUGAGACGACUGCGGCGCUCGAGGCUGCCAACGCCUCCAGGGACGCCAUCAAGGCCGAGCUGGAGGAGAAGGUCGCGGCCGUGGCCACGGAGCUGGCGACUGCCCAGACGGACCUGUCGGCUGCGCGCACCGAGGCCAAGGAGCACGAGGAGAAGCUCGCGGCCCUGCAGGCCGAGCACGAUGCCAAGCAGAGCGAGGCCGCCGCCGCCGCCGCCAAGCUCGACGAGCAGAUCCAGACGCUGACGUCGGACCUGCAGUCGGCCAAGCAGGUGGCCGACUCGGCGUCGGGCGAGCACGGCGAGACGGUCAAGAACCUCCAGGAGGCGGUCGCCGCUGCCGACGCGCUCAAGGAGCAGAUUGCGACGCUCGAGGCGGACCUUGCCGCCGCGCGUGCUGCUGCCGAGGAGCAGGCUAAGGAGCGCGAGGCCGAGCGCGAGGCAGCUGCUGCUGCUGCCACCGAGGCCCAGAACAAGAUCGACGAGGCGGCUGGCGAGCUCUCGGAGCUGAGGACGAAGCUGUCGGAUGCUGAGACGGGCCUUGAGGCCGAGAAGACGGCACAUGGCGAGACGAAGUCGGCACAUGAGGCCGAGCAGACUGCACACGGCGAGACCAAGUCGGCACACGAGGCUGAGCAGACGGCACAUGCCGAGACCAAGAGCGCGCUCGAGCCGCCGAGGCCGCGCACGCCGAGACGAAGGCCGCCCUUGAGGCUGCCGAAGCCGCGCACACUGAGGCCAAGGCCGCCCUUGAGGCCGCUGAGACCGCUCACGCUGAAACCAAGACGGCUCAUGAGACGGAGCAGACAGCCCACGGCGAGACGAAGUCGGCGCUCGAGGCUGCUGAGGCCGCCCACUCUGAGACCAAGACCGCGCAUGAGGCUGAGCUGUCGGCGCACGGCGAGACGAAGAGUGCCCUUGAGGCUACUGAGGCCGCCAAGGCUGAGGCUGAGGCUAAGGCUUCGGAGGCUGAGACUAAGGCUUCGGAGGCUGAGGCCAAGGUCGCGGAGCUGGAGGGCAAGGCCUCCGAAGCGGAAGCCAAGGCCGCGGAGCUCGAGACCAAGGCGUCGGAGGCUGAGGCCAAGGCCGCGGAGCUGGAGGCGCAGGUUUCGACGCUCUCGGGCGAGAAGGACGAGGCUGCCGCUGCGAGGGAUGCUGCUGAGGCGGCGAAGACGGAGGCUGAGGCCGCUAAGGCGGAGGCGGAGUCGGCGAAGGCGGAGCUCGAAGCUAAGGUCGAGGCUGUGACGACUGAGAAGGAGAGUGUUGAGGCGACGAAGGCUGAGGCUGAUGCCAAGGUUGCUGAGCUCGAGGCUAAGGUCGCGGAGCUUGCUACGGAGAAGGACGGCGCUGAGGCGGCCAAGGCGGAAGCGGAAGCUAAGGUCGAGGCCGUGACGGCUGAGAAGGAGAGUG